CCGUAAAACUAAAAUUAUUUGCCAGCAAAAAACUGCAAAUCGGCAAAAAAUUCCACCCACCUUAAAUGAACUCUAUGAAAUGUUUCUGCGCCGCGCCAUACAAGUCUCCACAGUGCUAAUCUAUUGGUUGGUCAUUGUGCCGGUAAUUGCGAAAUAUUUGGAGGACAUCAAGUGGAUGCGUCGUAACAAAUGGACGCGUAAGAAAUUGGGCUUUUACGGCAUUGCCGCCUUCGCCUUCAUCUUCAUCUACUUCCUCUGUAUGUACGCCUAUAUGCUAUGCAAGCGUUGGGAGCGUAAAAUCCUAACAGACAUGAAACAGUCCGUCUCWAAGGCAGCCGAGUCGGAGGUACCCUCUGCGGCCACAUCAAUGGCUACCGUCGCCGAAUUGGAGCCACUCGAAGGCAAACGGCCGACGCGUCCGGUGAUUUUACCAGCGCCACCUGUACACAGUGCCAGCGCAAAUUUACUCAGGACRGAGCAAMAGUUGCAGGAGCAACAGCAGCAACAACAACGACCAACUGGUGCGCGCAGUAAAGUGAAAAUUCUGCGUUCAGCGCCCAAAAUACCCACAGUGCACCGUUUGUUGCCAUCACCCACCACCACCACACUGCCGGUGAUUGUAAGUACGUCGUUGGCGCCGUUACAAGAGCAACCCUACAGUAACGAGUUGGAGGUGAAGAAUAAGCGCAUAAGUCGCACGGAAAGAUUGACAACAGAGUUAGCGGAUAUUUUGCGGCGUUACUAUCGCAUGAGUACGGGUAACGGUGGCAGUAAAGCGCCCACAACGAUGGUGGAGCGAGUGUAAAAGACAAGAAAUAUUAGCAAAUUGCUCAGUAAAUUGGUUGUAUAGCUUUGGAAUAGCUUUAGAAUAUAUAUUUAUGUAUUGUCAUUCAAUUUGAAAUGGUAUUUUGGUGGAAAGUUUCGAUUCGGAGAGUUUGGAAGAUAAAAUUUGGUUGUAAAAAUACGUAACGGUACUCUUUUUUUACAUUUCAAUAUAUGAGUGUUAGGGCGAUAACUUUACUUUCGAAAAACAAUUUGUGAAAGCUCAAAAUGAAAGUUUAGACGGUUGUGUCAAAAUCUCUUUACCUUUGACGAAUAUUGGUCGCAAAAACAAUACGAUUAUUAUUACAAGUAGUUAAGACGUUAAUAUUCUCUUCGAAAAAUUAUAAGUGAAAGCUCAAAAUGAAAAUUUGGAUAGUUGCAACAAAUUAUAUGAGAGACUUCUACAUUUGAAAUAAAUUGAUCAACACAAAUGGUACUAAUAUUGCAAGUAAAUACAUGUAGCUAUACGCAGAAUGUGUUCGCAGAAUGAUGUGUGAAAACUCGAAAUGAAAGUUUCGAUGGUUCCGGUAAAUUUUUGAAGUGGCUUCGAGAAAUGCAAAAAGAAAUUAUAACUAUUUAAGAAUAUUCAAUCGAYAAUUUUUUUUCGAAAAUCRUUAUGUGAAAGUUCAUAACGAAAGYUUCGACGUUUUUGGAAAAUUUUGUAAGUAAAUUUCUGAAAAUAUUUUUUUGUUUUACGAAUAACGAUCGAAAAACGAUUUGUGAAAGUUUAAAUGAAGAAAGUUUUCUAGUAAAAGAAGUGAAAAAUUAAAUAAAGAAUCAAGCGAUGUUUCUAAAUAAUAAAUAUGAUAAAAACUUGUUAAUACAUGAUAUUUACUUUGAGUGGAAUUCAGAAAAAUUAAAAAAAAUUAAAAUAAUCAUUAUGCGCAAUGAUAAGCAAAAGCUUAAACUUUAAGGGCUAUAAUUUCAAAAAAGUGACAAAUGAAUUCAAGAAAUUGUAAAAUAUAAACAAUAAAUUAGUAGAGAGCGUUUUGCUUAAAAAAUUAACAAGAAACACAUUAUAUAUACCUAAGUUCUCAGAAAGCUUCCUUGAUGUAGCUAAUGUAGGCUUAAGUGCCCAAAAAACUGCUUACUAUACUCCAAGAAUACAAAUUUCAAACUUCGGUACAAAAAAUUUAUAUAUACAUAAAUUAACAUUAUAUUUACUAAAAUUAACGACAUAUAUCAUAUAUAUAAAGCCAUGAAAAUGAAAGCUCCAGCGAAAGAUUUGAUCUGAAAUAAAAUCACAAUGAUAUUUUACAAAUACUKCUUAUGGUGAGAAAAAGUUUUCAAGUUAUGAUUAAUCAAGUGAAAGCUCCACUGUUCUUACUAGUGAAGGCUCCGGAGAAAACACUGGACUAAGUAGUUUAUUAAAAUUAUAUUUAAAUUUUUUCCAAGUGUAUUUUUUAUAUGAAARCCAAGCUGCUGUGAUAAUAUCAUCAACUUUUGAAUUUGUAUCUUAUUUCUGAAAUUUGUUCAAAAUUUUCUUAAAUUAUCAUUAAAGUGAAUAUCAUAAAGUGAAUUGAGUAUAAUUUUUUUAWUUUUGAAAUUUUUGGCUAAAUUUUUUGAAGUUUUCUUCAAAAUUGACUUAAAAUUGAAAUGAAUUAUAUUUUAAAGCCUAGUAGUUAGGUAGAAACAAUCGUUCAAAAAGCCUGUGACAAAAUUUAAAUACUUUUUCUUUGUGAAAUUCAUUGUUCUGG